CAGCCUUCCGGUGGUGGGAAAGUGAGCCGAGCCGGAAUCAAAGCGGCGCAUCCUGAGGCAGGUGGGGGUGCCUGUGGAAGAGGGAAGGCAGGCGACUGGCUAGGGCUUGGCUCGGGAGGCCGGCGGAGUAGCAACUGCAGAAGCAGGCAGCGGCAGAGAGGGAAUGGUGCCUGGAGGCGCCGGCGAGGAGGCGCAGUCCGUCCCUCUCAGGGUUAGUGAAUGAGGCUCUCCCCGCGGCCGGCCCGGGGACUGUGCGCUGCGGGUCCCAAGCAUGAGUGCGGGCCCCGGCUGUGAGCCCUGCACCAAGCGACCCCGCUGGGGCGCCGCUGCAACUUCUCCGCCGGCCGCCUCGGACGCCCGGAGCUUCCCCAGCAGGCAGAGACGCGUCCUCGAUCCCAAGGACGCUCCCGUGCAGUUCAGGGUCCCACCGUCCUCCUCAGGCUGCGUCCCGGGGCGGGCGGGACCGCACAGAGGCAGCUCCACCUCGCUUGUUUUCAAACAAAAGACUAUUACCAGUUGGAUGGACAUUAAAGGAAUCAAGACAACUGAAUCAGAAAGUUUACAUAGUAAAGAAAACAACAAUACAAGAGUAGAAUCCAUGAUGAGUUCUGUACAAAAAGAUAACUUUUAUCAACAUAGUGUGGAAAAAUUAGAAAAUGUUUCUCAGCUAAGUCUUGAUAAAUCACCUGUUGAAAAAAGUACACAAUAUUUGAGCCAGCAUCAGACUGCAGCUAUGUGUAAGUGGCAAAAUGAAGGGAAACAUACAGAGCUGCUUUUAGAAAGUGAACCUUCGACAGUAACUCUGGUACCAGAGCGGUUCAGUAAUGCUAACGUUGCUCAGUCACCCCAAAAUGAUGAUCACAGUGAUACAGAUAGUGAGGAAAGUAGAGAUAACCAAAAAUUUUUGACACCUGUAAAUUUUAAAAAUGCAAAGCAGACCACAGAAGGUGAACAGGCCAGAGAAACCAGAAGCCACCAGAAGUGCAGCAAGUCUUGCCAUCCAGUAGAGGACUGUGCAGGUUGUCAGCAGGAAGAGAUAGAUGUGGUGCCAGAGAGUCCCUUGUCAGACAUCGGCUCUGAGGAUGUUGCUACUGAACUGAAAAAUGCCAACAAAUUGAGUAGACAAGAAAGUACUUUAGGGAAUUCUUCUCCAUUUGAGAAAGAAAGUGAACCUGAAUCACCAAUGGAUGUAGAUAAUUCCAAAAAUAGUUGUCAGGACUCAGAAGCAGAUGAAGAGACAAGCCCAGGUUUUGAUGAGCAAGAAGAUAGCAAUUCCUCUCAAACAGCAAGUAAACCUUCAAGGUUCCAAGCAAGAGAAGCCGACACUGAGUUGAGGAGACGGUCUUCUAAAGGAGGUGAAAUUCGAUUACAUUUUCAAUUUGAAGGAGGAGAGACUCACAGUGGAAUGAAUGAUUUAAAUGCCAAACCAUCUGGAAGUACUUCUAGCCUGAAUGUAGAAUGCAGGAAUUCCAAGCAACAUGGGAAAAAGGAUUCUAAAAUCACAGAUCAUUUCAUGAGAAUGCCCAAAGCAGAGGACAAAAGAAAAGAACAAUGUGAAUUCAAGCAUCAAAGGACAGAAAGGAAGAUACUUAAAUACAUUCCACCUCACCUUUCUCCAGAUAAGAAAUGGCUUGGAACUCCUAUUGAGGAGAUGAGAAGAAUGCCUAGGUGUGGGAUUCGGCUCCCUCUCCUGAGACCAUCUGCCAAUCACACAGUAACUAUUCGGGUAGACCUUUUGCGAGCAGGAGAAGUUCCUAAACCUUUUCCAACACAUUUCAAAGAUUUGUGGGACAACAAGCAUGUUAAGAUGCCUUGUUCAGAACAAAACUUGUACCCUGUGGAAGAUGAGAAUGGUGAGCGAACUGCAGGGAGCCGGUGGGAGCUCAUUCAGACUGCACUUCUCAACAAAUUUACACGACCUCAAAACCUGAAGGAUGCUAUUCUGAAAUACAAUGUGGCAUAUUCUAAGAAAUGGGACUUUACAGCUUUGGUUGAUUUCUGGGAUAAGGUACUUGAAGAAGCAGAAGCUCAACAUUUGUAUCAGUCCAUUUUGCCUGAUAUGGUGAAAAUUGCACUGUGUCUGCCAAAUAUUUGCACCCAGCCAAUACCACUCCUGAAACAGAAGAUGAAUCAUUCCAUCACAAUGUCACAGGAACAGAUUGCCAGUCUUUUAGCUAAUGCUUUCUUCUGCACAUUUCCACGGCGAAAUGCUAAGAUGAAAUCUGAGUAUUCUAGCUACCCAGAUAUUAACUUCAAUCGGUUGUUCGAAGGACGUUCAUCAAGAAAACCAGAGAAGCUUAAAACACUCUUCUGCUACUUUAGAAGAGUCACGGAGAAAAAACCUACUGGCUUGGUGACAUUUACAAGACAGAGUCUUGAAGAUUUUCCAGAGUGGGAAAGAUGUGAAAAACCCCUGACUCGAUUGCAUGUCACUUAUGAAGGUACCAUAGAAGGAAAUGGUCAAGGCAUGCUACAGGUGGAUUUUGCAAACCGUUUUGUUGGAGGUGGUGUAACCGGUGCAGGACUUGUGCAAGAAGAAAUCCGCUUUUUAAUCAACCCUGAGUUAAUUGUUUCACGGCUCUUCACUGAGGUGCUGGAUCACAAUGAAUGUCUUAUCAUUACAGGUACUGAACAGUACAGUGAAUACACAGGCUAUGCUGAAACGUAUCGUUGGGCCCGAAGUCAUGAAGAUGGGAGUGAAAGGGAUGCCUGGCAGCGGCGAGGCACUGAAAUUGUCGCCAUCGAUGCCCUUCACUUCAGACGCUACCUCGAUCAGUUUGUGCCUGAGAAAAUCAGACGCGAGCUUAACAAGGCUUACUGUGGAUUUCUCCGUCCUGGAGUUUCUUCAGAGAAUCUUUCUGCAGUGGCUACAGGAAACUGGGGCUGUGGUGCUUUUGGUGGUGAUGCUAGAUUAAAAGCCUUAAUACAGAUACUGGCAGCUGCUGUAGCUGACCGUGAUGUGGUUUAUUUCACCUUUGGGGACUCAGAAUUGAUGAGAGACAUUUACAGUGUGCACACUUUCCUUACUGAAAGGAAACUAACUGUUGGAGAAAUAUAUAAGCUGUUGCUCCGGUAUUACAAUGAAGAAUGCAGAAACUGUUCCACCCCUGGACCAGACAUCAAGCUUUAUCCAUUCAUAUAUCAUGCUGUUGAAUCCUGUGCAGAGACCAGCAACCAGCCAGGUCAAAGGACUGGGGCCUGAGGAGCUGAGUAACCAGAACCUCCUUCCACCUCUCACCAGAAACAUCCUGUUUGAAUUGUCAGGUGUAAUAUACGAACUGACUUAAUAUAAAUGUGUAUAUAAUCCAGUUUGUGGGCAAGGAUGCAAUCCCUUCCACACACAUGCAUUUGUCAGUUUGUACAUGUAAGCCCUCUCCAUCCCAACUUACAUGGGCUUAAAUAGAUAUAUUUUGUUUGCAUUUUUUUUUUCUAUUUCAGUCUUCAUUCUUUGGUUUUUCUUUCCUUUGCUCAUCAGAUUUCCGGUGAAAACCCAUGAGAGGUUGUGCUCAGCCUGUCAGGUCUCUUUUGAUAUCUGUAUAUUAUGCACAUUGCCUCUGCAGUUAGCAGUUGCCAAGGAUGCCAGGGAAGAAAUUGAAAACCAAGAACUUUUUCACUGAAUUUGCUAAAGAUUUCCCUGUAAGCCUUCACCCCCAACUCUUGUUAUGAUUGUGUUGUUGGGGUUUUUGAAUUUUGAAAAUUAAGAGUUGGGGAUUUUUUUCGUACAUGUUACAUAAUGCAAAUCUCCUAGGUUAAAACAAUUUUGUAUUUCAGACAGAAUUAUUUCCGGGUAUAGUUCUUUUGAGACAUCACUUUGAUCUGUAAUGGUUUGUCAGUCCUUUCUUCCCUGAUCAAUUUUUAUUAAUACUAUUUUUGGAAACUGACCAAGAUGGAAGGAAAUGUACAAUAAAAGAGUUUCCCCAAAUGUGUUUUUUAAAAAAGAUGCAAGAGAGUUGCAGGAUUUAUCGUUUCUGGGGAUUUUUUUCUUUCCAAAUUAGAAUUAUUGUCUGUUCUCUGGUGCUUGAGGUGCAUAUUUCAUAUAACCAAAGUUUAGGAACUGGGAACUCAUGUUGAUUUGUACAUAUUGCAGUUUCUCUGGUAUUCAAAGGUUAUAUAGUUAAUAAAGUUUCUUUUUUUUUUUUUUAGUUAAUAAAUUUUCAUUAACAAAUCAUCUGUCAGAAACUCCUAUAUCAUCUAUAUAUAUAUAUAUAUAUAUACACAUAUAUAUAUAUAUAUACAUUUUAAGUGUGUCUGUGUGCAAGCAGAAAUAUAUAAACCAAAUAAAACUGGAGUUAUGGAAAAUGAUUAGGUUUAGGCUUAAUUGGAGGCUCUGUUUAAAAUCAUUUAUUUAAAAUUGUGUCCAUUUAAAACUGGUGUCAAAUAUAAAUAAUAAUGUCUUUUGGAGGUUAAAAUGAAAGCCAGUUCUGCAUUAAUUGAGAGUAGAGUUUAAUCGCAAAGCAUUUAUUCAUAUUUCUAAAAUAAUCCUCAAGUACACUAUUGAAGCUCUAGUUUAUGGUCAGCAGUCAGAAAAUGCUAUUGGAGGUCAAAUCCUAGUAAUAAGAAAUUUUGGUAGAUGGUCCAAACUCCUGCUGUCGGUAGUGGCAAGAAAAACUGAGACUAUGGCCAAUGUCUGCAACUCUUUUUAUUUGUAUAAAGAUUGAGAUUUUUAUUUGCAUAGAGAUUGAGAGAAUAAUGGCAGCUACUUGCCAUUAACAAAGUUAACGAAGUCUUUUACCAUAGUAACUAAGAUUUUUAAUCAUCUCCCUAAAUCCAAGGUGCCUGGCUUUAUUUCUGUGAUACUAAAGCCUUCUCUUUCCAUCUCAACCCUUUCUGAGCUUUGGUUACACAUUCAUAGUUAGAUUUCAUUUCUUUUUCUGUCUUUAUAGCUUUUCCUUUUACCCAGCCCCAAAACUAAGUGAGUAGUUCUGUAAAACAUUACAUGAACAUAGGAUGGUUUAUGUGAUAGAAAAAUCAUUAAAUCCAGGUAAGAAAAGCACCUAGCCUAAUAUUCCAGAACAUAGGAUCUAAGACUGAACUCUUAGUACACUCUUUUUUUUUUAAUUUUUAUUUAUUUAUGAUAGUCACAGAGAGAGAGAGAGAGAGAGAGAGGCAGAGACAUAGGCAGAGGGAGAAGCAGGCUCCAUGCACCGGGAGCCUGACGUGGGAUUCGAUCCCGGGUCUCCAGGAUCGCGCCCUGGGCCAAAGGCAGGCGCCAAACCGCUGCGCCACCCAGGGAUCCAAGACUGAACUCUUAGUGCUGAACAGGCUUAGUGACCGGCCAUCUACCUGAGUGCCUCUCUCUUUUGAGGCUUUUCCAAGGAUAAAACCUGCCUGCUUUGUCCCAGUACAUUCCAGGAUUAGGACAAUUUUAAUCAGAUGGAACAUAAAGAGAACCGAUCUCCAUUUUUUGAGGCAGGAGGAAUGCCCUCUGUAAAAAGAGGGGGAAAAAAAUCAGACAUCUAUUUAACAUUUGUCUAUUCUAAAACAAUUAAUAGCAUCUUUUUAUUCUUUUCCAUUAGGGGUUUAUUGUUUCAUUUCAUGUUGUUUACCUUUCCCUUUCAUCUGUUGAGGCAUGAAAUGAUAUUUUUAGUUUAGAAUUCUUAUGUGGUUAAUAUAGCUCACUUGCUUUAUACUUUCUGUCUAGCUCACUCAAAUGCCAUAACAAACAGUUUAGGAAGCAAUGUGGAGUAAUGGACAGGAUAUGAGAUUUUAAAUCAGACAAACUGGGCUCAAAUGCUGGCCACAUCCCUUGCUAAUCCUUUAAAUAAACUGAAUUUCUAAGCCUUAUUUAACUCAUCUAGAAAACGGACUAUUAACAGUUAUUAGGAAAUACUAUAUAUAAAGAAGUGCUCAUGGGGUCUGGCACAUAGUUGGUGCUCAAUAAAUGUCAGCUAUUAUAGUUGGCCAGGAAACAUUUAUAGAACACCUACUGUUUAUUAGGUACUUUGCAUAUUUUAGCCCAUUUUUUCUAUGGCCUAACAGAUGCCCAGAGGUUAGGGAAUACCAUCUGAACCUCCAAAAGCUCAUUGUGAAAGGAGACUUAUACUCUAACAUCUCUGGAGGAGAUCUGAUAGAGCAAAGGCUGUGACACUGUUGUUCUCUACCAAGUACCUACUAUAAGUUAUUCUUCAUAAUGAAUGACUAGUUAUCAGUGAGGUUCAUUAAAAUGUCUCUGAAAGAAUUAUUUCUUUCUUGCUGGUUGAAGUGACAUUAAGAGCAAGCAGACCCCCCCCCAAAAAAAAAAAGAGCAAGCCGACCCGACCCAAACUGAUACUUAAUGGGGAGAUUGAAAAGGAUCUAACGAGUCUUCAUGAUUGCUAUGCCAGGUAGCUAACCAAUGUUUAUUGCUUUAGAAACCAAAUAUUGAUUAAGCUGUCCCAAUGCAAGAAUAUGAUAGAACAAAGAAGUAGCUGGGUUGUAUUCUUUAAAACUUAAACAGGAAGAGAAGCAAUUGUGUAUGGAUUCUCACCUGAUUUUUUUCUGUCUUUUCCAAUCUGUGUGGCUAAUGUUCAUGGCUUUUUUCUGAUGUAAGGAAAACCUGAAUCCUAGUAUGUCUGCUUUAAAAAUAAGUAAAAUUUUUAAGGUCUGUCCUUUUUUAAUUUUGUGGAUCAGCCUCAAUCCUUCGUUUUUGGAGGUAAGGGAAAGACCAGCUGUUGGCUGGCCCUUGAGCCCAAAUAUUUAAUCCUGUUCUUGUUUGGGGGCUGGAAGGAGGCCCCAGUGUGAUACUUAUUGGAACAAACUGCUAAAAUCCACUAACACACUGCUGUUCUCUGUACCUGUGACAGAGUGCCCUUUGUCUCUCCUCAUCAGAUUUUCACACAGAUCUACUGAGCUUCCAGAGCAGGUUUCCCCUACAGGACUGGUUUUAUUUUUCCUGACUAUUUAUUUUAAAUGUAGGGUCACUAUCUCCUGACGAUUUUGAACUUAGGGUUAAGGAAAAGUCUAUGCUAAUGUUUACAUGAUUUUUGUAGGAUGAGAAUAAAGAAAUUCUGAUUCCAUGUCA